AUGGGAAUCAAGAUCCAGAUGAUUGAUCUGAACCAGCCUCCUGUGAGUGAUGAUGAUGAUGAUGCGGACAUGGACACCCAAAACCUAACGGGUGAAACAAGCAACCACAUGGCUAUUGUUGUGGCGAGUGAGAGUCCCAACUUGACGGAAGAAACAAGCAACGACUUGGCUCUUGUUCCGUUUGCUGUGGAAAACAUCGAAGAUUACGCUACGUUCAAAUCUUGUCACCAGUGUCGUCGACCAAAACAUGUUUACGGAUCUUGCUUGACCGUUGGAUGUCGUAUUAUGUUCUGUCCCCCGUGCUUAAAGUUCAGGUACGGAGAGAUACUUGAAGCAGUGGUGGCGAAUAAUAAUUGGCUUUGUCCUAGAUGUAGGGGCGUCUGUAGCUGUAGCUAUUGCCGGGAGAAGAUCGGUUUAGAGCCUACCGGGAAAUUGAUAACCUUAGUUAAAGAAUUUGGGUGUAACAAUGCACUUGAGUUCCUUGAGAAAUAUUGGGAUUGUUGUAACCGUUCGGCGGAAACGGUACGUUGUGAAAGGAAAAAACAAGUGAGAAAAAUUGGCAAUGCAGCUAGAGAAAAGAAGAAACAACUGGAGAGAAAGAUAGAAUAUGUGCUGGCUAGAGGUAAAAUGGAGAACAAUAGGAUACCGCUGAGGGUUGAUCAAAAGCUUGCGAUUUUAAAGAAAUUGGAGGCUGAAACUGAACAAGUGUUUAACGAUCUGCAUAACGCAUUAGGAAUGCAAAGUAAGACUACACAAUUCUAA